AUGUCGGCCGAAGCGACCGCCGAAAUGGCGCCUGAGCUCCCUCAGAUUGAGGUCGCCUCUGCUCAGAUCGACGUCGCAACCGAACCAGUCCGCCAGUCACCCAAGCCUACGACUGGCCUGCAUUCACCUCCCGACAGCAACAACGCCAUGAAGCUCGACGGCAGCGAUGACUCCGAGCUUAGUGAUCUGGAAGACCCCGAGCCGCUGUUGAGCGAUCCCCCGUGCGCUCGCCCUGCCGACGACGGAUCUGCUCCUGCUCCCGACGCCGAAGCGCAAUCCGUGCCCGGGGCCGCUGCCGGUGCCGAGGACGGCGUGAAGCAGGAGCCACAGGAGGAAGAUGAGGACAUUGGUGAAGUUCUGCCGGACCAUUGGUCUGGCACUGUCCCUGUCUUCAAGCCCGACAUGCACCAGUUCAAGGACUUCAAGAAAUUCAUGAACAAGGUAGACUCGUAUGGGAUGAAGUCGGGAAUUAUCAAAAUUAUCCCCCCGACAGAGUGGAGGGAGAACCUGCCCGCCUACGACGACAUGAUCAAACAGAUCAGAGUCCGGGAGCCCAUUAAGCAGGACAUCAUGGGCUCGAACGGCACCUAUCGGCAGGUCAAUAUUUUACAUCAGCGCGCCUACAACCUCCCCCAAUGGCGCCAGCUCUGCGACCAGAGCGAGCACCAGCCUCCCGCUCGAAGAGGCGAACGACGAGCCAACGCUGAUAAGCCAAGGCCUCCACCCAGACCCAGACCCGCAGCAUCUUCCGAUGGCGCAUCAUCCAAGGGACGCGGAGGUCGUGCCACAAGAAGCCGCGCAAAGAAGGCCAAGGAUAGCUCUGCCCAGGAGGACCGCCCCAUGACCCCGGUAUCACCAAAGCCCACGGAGGAUGUGAUGGAGUCCGUCGAGAAUGACCCUGGUGCAGACGUUGACGAGGAAGACGAUGAUGUUCCGCCCAUCGGACGGAUGGGUAGGAUGGGUGGAUCGCGACAGCCAAAGGCAAAGACUCAGUCUGUCUCUGCACGCAGGAAAUAUUCCCGACGAGAGGCGUCGGCCAGAAUCGACGAAGAAGCCUUCAAGGACUGGGACUACAACAUGGAUAUCUCCGACUACACUCCGGAGAGAUGCGAGGAGCUUGAGCGUAUAUACUGGAAGACGCUGACUUAUGCGCCCCCACUGUACGGCGCCGAUCUGCUGGGCACCCUCUUCUCGGAGGAAACCGAGAACUGGAACCUGAACAAACUACCUAACCUUCUAGAUGUCUUGGGUAGCAAGAUUCCUGGCGUCAACACUGCAUACCUGUACCUUGGAAUGUGGAAAGCGACUUUCGCCUGGCACCUUGAGGACGUCGAUCUCUACAGCAUCAACUAUCUUCAUUUCGGCGCCCCCAAGCAAUGGUAUAGCAUCUCCCAGGGCGAUGCUCGUCGGUUUGAGGCCGCCAUGAAGAGCAUAUGGCCGACGGACGCCAAAGCUUGUGACCAGUUCCUGCGCCACAAGGCUUUUCUCAUCUCGCCAAACCAUCUCUUGUCGCAUUUCAACAUCAGGGUGAACAAAUGUAUCUCCUAUCCCGGAGAAUUUGUCGUCACCUACCCAUAUGGCUACCACUCAGGAUACAACCUGGGAUAUAACUGCGCGGAAGCGGUCAACUUUGCCCUCGAUUCGUGGCUGCCCAUGGGCAAGAUUGCCAAGAAAUGCGAGUGUGCCCAGGCUCAGGACAGUGUUUGGAUCGACGUUCACGAGAUUGAGCGAAAACUACGGGGAGAAUCGACAGACUACGAGGAGACCGAGGACGAAGAAGAAGACGAGGAAGAUGAAGAGGAUGAUCUCGAUGUGUCUGCCCCUUCGCAUAUCAUCAGGAUCAAGCAGCCCAGCCGGAAGCGGAAGCGCGCCGCGAAUGAUAAGGGCGACAAGAAGUCCAAGAAAAUUCGACUACGUGUUCGUGUCAAGACGCAGGUUGAGCCGCCGUGUUGCCUCUGCCCCAACAACAUUCUCCACGCAGACCUGCUACCCACGGACGACGGCCGAAAGGCGCAUCGUUUGUGCGCCCUGUACGGUCCAGAGACUUGGAUCGAGUCAGUCGAUGGCCAGGAGACCGUGGCGAAUGCCGCAAACAUCAGCAAGGCUCGUCUCGACCUCAAGUGUCUGUACUGCCGUUCCAAGCGAGGCGCCUGCUUUCAGUGCUCGCACAAAAAGUGUGCGAGAUCAUACCACGCCACUUGCGCAGCAGCAGCAGGCGUCUUUGUCGAGGACGGCGAGGUGCCCAUAUUUGGUGAGGAUGGUACAGAGUACAAGGAGCAAGCCUUUGAGUUCAGCUGUCGGUUCCACCGAAGCAAGCGUGAUAAAAAGCUCGACGGUGAUGCUCUGGAAGGAUGCAAGAAGACCCGCGAAGCAGCUGCGGCUCUCAAGGAAGGCGAGAUUGCUCAGCUGCAGUACUACCGAGGCGACAUUUUCGCCGGUGUCGUCGUUGAAAACAGACAUGACGAAGAGACGUUCCUCGUCGACAUUAUACCCAAUGGGUGCGAAGCCUACAAAACAUACUCCACCACAGAACAAACAAUGCUAACUCUGAUCAGUGACCGUGUUGAGGUCGAAUGGAAGUGGCUGCUCCUUCCGAACCCAGCUGAUUUGCGACUACAAAAGGCAUCGCCAAAUGCCAUCCCAAUGCCGACUUCACGGAAGGCCAAGGACAAGAUCAACGCGACCAAGCGCACAGUUGAGGAGCUCCCGAGGGCUCAGGAUGACUUCGUCGAAGGAUUCACUUGGGCAGAGUUCCAUACCGCCGAGAACCCCACUAACAAAACACAGGUCAAGAUUGAUUUCUCCAAAGAAAACCAGAUUUGGCACUACCUGGGCAAGACGUCAACAGAGGCUCGGGCACAAUAUACAGAGGACCCCAAGAAACCCGCUCACAACUCAAAGAGUAACUUUUUGGAUACGAUCCCCCGACCGCCUCCGUCAGUGGUGGCUCGGCCCAUUCCAACGACGACGUACGGCACACCGUAUGCCACGCCUGCCAAGUUCGACAGGCCUUAUCAGUACAAGCCAAAGAACCCAAUGCCGCCUGCUUUCCACCAUUACCCGUACACUCAGCGGUACACGGCCCAGCAGUUCGCUCCCAACAACUUGGCAGCGAAGCCGUUCCCUACAUCGACCUCCACCUUCGUGCCCCAACCUAGCACGCAACCUACAUAUGCAUCUCAAGCGACUGCGAAAGCGGCAUGGCAGCCGCCUCCGCAAACGCCGGGGACCUCUCAGCCACUGUCAACGCCAGCCUCGAGAGCCGCUCCUCACACCGCGCCGAGACUUGCUCAAGCAUCCCAAAAUGUGGCACCUCACUCUGCCCCAGUCCAUUCGCGUACCAAGUCUCUACCUUUUAGUACAGACCCGCGCUACAGAACCUCAUCUACGUAUGGCUCCGCUCGAUUUAAGUCGAACUCAAGCUCACCAUUCAGCUAUGGUAUCAUGCAACCCCCCGGCCUUGGCACUACUCCGUCGCCACAGAACGGGCAGGUGUUCAAGGCACAGGCGCGGGAAAGGUCAAGCUCGGCUGCGUCUGCCAAGUCAGUCACCAUGCCCAUGACAUCGUCUGCGGUAAGGCCGUCGUCUUCCGCAUCGAGUCAAGGCGUUGGCGGGCAGACACAAGUCGUCAAGCUCCCUAUACCCAAGCCGCCGCCGCCUAGCGUACUACAGAAAUAUUCGUUCUUCCAAGUUCAUCACAAUAGGGACUCAACCAAGUACAGGACCCCUUAUGCUCCUUGGGGUGGCUUCACCAAUGGCUAUGAAGGUAAUUUGCGGGCACAUCUGAUCAAGACGCCGGAUGUCCUGUUUGGCAACAAGCAGCCAUUCGACAACGCGGGCGAUCCUGCUCUGCCAGCCGCUCCGCGGUACUCACCAGGCACACCUCAGGAUUCCAUGGUCUCUCCGAGCAAUGCUCCGUACCAUAGUCCGUAUAAAACCCCGGGCAUGUCCGCACCGUCACCAUCCCCAUAUGCAGCAGGAUUCGCCACGUCCGUUUCUGGAGGACAAAUUUCUACUUCGACUCCUGCCGGGUCUCAGAUCUUGCAGACGGCGAAUGGACCGUAUGACCCCAGUUCCGUCCUAACCAAGUUGCAUCCUGCCAUUCGGGCCCAGUAUGCCGCCAUGUUACAGAGGAAGCAAUCCCUUGACCAUGGUCAGACCGCCGGACCUGCACAAUCUCAGGGACCACCCCAGCAGGGAUCGCCGGCACCACCGGCUGUUGUCCACAGUCCGCAUGCCUACCAGGCUUCCCCAGAUGGAGCACCAGGACGUGACCACCAAUCAUCGAGGUCUACUGCCGGAAGCCAAAGUCCUUAUCGUGCCACCCCAACGCAGCCGCAAGGUUCACAUUCGUUUAGUGCCCACCAGACACCCGUGGGGACGCCGGCGGCGCAAAACAGUCCCGGUACAGUCCAGGGGCGGGCAAGCGCGCCAGGUCCAUCGCCCAAAGCGCCUCAGGUACCGACCAAGCAGACCUUUGUGCCACCACCUAGGCCGUGGGAGCAAUUGCAGAGGACUAGAAACCCGGGCGGAAUAUCGCCGUCGACACCGCAGCCACUGGGAACGCCAACGAAUCAAGUGCGCAGUUCUCCACCAGCCACGCCAAGUCAAGGGGCCCAGCCCAACAAUUCUCAGCCCGCAGCCUCAGCCCCAACCCCAACCCCAGAACCCGCCCCAGCCCAGUUUCGACCCGUUUCAGUACAUCAACUUCCAGCAGUAAAGACUAUGACGCCCGAGCCAGUGUCUUCGGCGCCGGGGCAGUCGUUUCCGGAAGUGCCUGCAGGAUCGUUAGACUUGGUCGAGGAGAUCAUCAGGAACGCACGAAGGGCAAGCGAGUCCAAUAUUCUUCACGACUGA